UGUUUCUGUUACAGUUACUCAUCGGUCCAUCGCCUCCGUCAGGAGCGGCGUGCCGGCGUAGGGCGGCGGCUUCGCCGUCUGCGCGACGGGGUUAUAGCCCUGGUAAUUUCCCGGCGACGCGCCGCCGCCCUCCCUAUAUUUAAUCUCGGCGUCGACCUGGGCCGUCAUGCAGCCGGCGGUCGCGAAGAACACGAUCUCCGCGAUGAGGUCCAGCAGUCGCGCGAGGUGCCGGAAGUUGCGGUUGAACAUGGCGAUGCAGUGGCAAACACAGGACAAAACUUGCACGAAGUUGUUGAACCGGAUGAUGCGGUUGUCGCACUCGUCCGCCGCGAGGUGGUACAUGUCCAUCAGCAGGAAGCGCGUCGACGACACGGCCAACCCGGGACAGAGGCAGGCCUCGAGGCACAUGCACGUCCGCGGAAACUCGCGUUCCCCGCAGUGGCCCGGCUGGAAGCACAGGCAGGCCGGCAAAUACCCCUGGCAGCACAAAUAAUUCUCCCACUCCGAGCCCGGCGCCACAUGAUUCAGCGCUCGGUACCGCAUGUGCCACUGGCAGCAGAUGAACGUCACCGGGAAGCCGCCCGCGAGGCACUGGAGCGGCGCGCGGAGCGGCGCGUCGCCCAUCCCCAACUGGAAGGUCUCUCUAUUCGUCGCGUACUUCUCGUACGUCGCGCCGCGGCCGCCCUCGGCGCCGUACUCGUCGGGCCGCAGCGGCUCGCCCGAGAAGCAAAAACACAGGGAGUUGCAAGCCAUGGCUGGUGGUGGUUAAGGGAGGCAGCCCGCGUCGAUGGAAGGGCAGCCCUCGGCGGCCGCGUGGGAUGAUUUGUGCGUUCCUGCGGUGGCUAUACGCGUCGUAGGCUCGCGUGCCAACCCGGCG